UGAUGGUUGCCCUUCCCGCAGUUUUCGCAGCAGGAAAAUUGGGCUGCCCAAUCCGAUGUGUCUUAACGCGAGAGGAAGAUAUGAUCUCGAGUGGCACAAGAAGCUCCAUGUUGUUCAAAUAUAAAGUCUGGUUCAACGCAGCGGGAGAUUUAUUGGGACUGGAUGUGAAAUUAUGGAUCAACGCUGGAUGCACGAUGGAUUUUUCGUGUGCGGUCCUUGAACGAGCAAUGAUGCACGUCCAAAAUUGCUAUAAUAUCCCGAAUGUUCGUGUCACGGGUUGGACUUGCAAAACAAAUACCGUUAGCAAUACAGUAUAUCGCGGAUCUGGAUCGCCCCAAGCUACAAUGAUGGCGGAAAAGAUGAUUCGUGAAAUUUCGCGUGUCUUAAAAGUCGAUUAUGUUGAUUUAAUUGCGCGAAAUUUGUAUCGCGAAGGACAAAAAACGUUCUACAAUCAAAAAAUCCUGAAUUGCAACGUUGAAAGAUGCUUCAAAGAGUGUCUUGAAACCUCAAAUUACCGUAAAAGGCUCCAAAAAGUCACAAAUUUCAAUGAAAAUAAUCGUUGGAAGAAACGGGGAAUCACAAUUUUGCCCACAAUGUUCGGCGCGGGUUUUGUUCCAGUUUUUCUCAAUCAAGCAGGAGCUUUAGUGCACGUUUAUACCGAUGGUUCGGUCCUUUUAACGCAUGGCGGAGUCGAGAUCGGACAAGGACUUCACACAAAAAUGGUUCAAAUUGCCUCUCGGGUGCUCGGGAUCCCAAUGGAAAAAAUUCACAUUGCUGAAACGGCAACGGAUAAAGUCCCAAAUGCAACAACAACUUCCGCUUCAUCGUCUUCCGACUUGAACGGACCUGCUGUCAUAGCAGCUUGUCAAAAAAUCAUCGAUCGCCUUGCGCCUUAUAAGGAAAAAUUUCCCGAAGAGACUUGGGAAAAAUGGGUCUCUCGAGCGUACAUGGAUCGCAUUCAACUCUCGGCAACGGGAUUUUUCAAACAAUCCGAUAUCGGAUACGAUUGGGAGAAAAACGAAGGCAACGCUUGGUAUUACUUCGUUUUUGGCGCGGCAUGUGCUGAAGUCGAAAUAAAUUGCUUGACGGGAGAUCACGUCGUCAAAAGAGUUGACAUCGUCAUGGAUUGCGGAAGUAGCAUGAAUCCAGCGGUAGAUAUUGGGCAAAUUGAGGGAGCUUUUGUUCAAGGUUACGGAUUUUACACGAUGGAAGAAACCCUUUACGAGCCAAAUGGAAGGCAAAUCACGAGAGGACCGAGUAACUACAAAAUCCCGGGAUUUAAUGACAUUCCGGAGGAAUUUUAUGUGUCGCUGUUGACGGGAGCUCCAAAUCCGCGUGCAGUUUAUUCGUCAAAAGCGAUUGGAGAACCUCCGUUGCAUUUGUCGUCUUCUGUGUUUUUUGCCAUACAAGAAGCGAUUUUUGCUGCAAGACAGGAAAAUGGGAUUCAAGGAGAGUUUGAGUUUAAUGUUCCAGCAACUGCAGCUCGUAUAAGGAUGGCGUGUUGUGAUAAAUUUACAGAAAUGGUUAAAACAAAUGACGAUGAGGAUAAGAAAAAAUAUUGGUCCGUUCAAGCUUAAAAUAUAUAUGCUUUUGAGUCA